CCUUUCUCUUUCCCUGUGCUAUCAAAUCCCAGCUAAUGAGAUCGCAUCCAAAUACAACAAAACAAAGAAUCCCAACGCAUAAACCCUAAAACAACAAUAAAAUUCCCGAGAGAUCCUUGUGUUCGAAUCGCCACCCUUUUCGAAAAUUAAACCGUUUUGAAGUUGCGGUUAGGUGUUCGGGUUCGUGAUCGAGUUUUGGUUUUUGGUCGAAAUUAGGGCAAAACCGUCCCUUUGGUGGGAUUUAAGGUGUCGUGGAUUAUGGUUGGGAAAGACCUGUGGGCUUGGAAUAAAAGAAAAUUACGUUUGAGAGCUUGGUAAUUUGGGGUGAGAUUUAUCUUUUUAUUCGAAUUUUUGUCGUUGAACGAUUUCGUUAGGCAGUAACGAUGCGAGGAAGGAGCUAGGGUUAGAGUUUGGUGAGGAAAAAAUGGAAGAGGCUGAGCCUGAGGAAGGAGAGGCUUGCUCCUAUAAUAACAAUAACGAUGAUUAUGAUGCAUCCACUGACCCCGAAGCUGAUUUAUCUUCUCUCGCUUACAUAGAUGAGAAAAUUCAACAUGUUUUGGGACAUCUUCAAAAAGAUUUCGAAGGUGGAGUUUCUGCAGAGAAUCUGGGGGCAAAGUUUGGUGGUUAUGGAUCAUUCUUACCGACUUAUACACGUUCUCCUAGUUGGCCUCAUCCAAAGAGUACACCAAGUCAGGGCUCCAAUGCAUCCAGAUCUCCAGAAACCAUGACAUUGGAGGAUGUCCAUCAUAACUCGACGUAUUGGGCAAGUGGUUCACAGUCACAGAAUGCUGGACCACCACCUAUAAAUUUUGGAACCCUUCCUGCUUUGAAGGCAUCGUCUGCAAAUGAUUCAAUUGAACUAGAGGUCAGCAUAACACCUGGUGAUGCUGAUGAGCUUGCCUCUAGUUGUGAACCUGCAAACAAGAAAGCUACCAAUAUGCCAGACCAGAAAAUAUUGAAGGUGCGAAUCAAAGUGGGGUCAGACAACUUGUCGACAAAAAAGAAUGCUGCAAUCUACAGUGGUCUUGGCCUUGAUGUCUCACCAUCUUCCUCCUUAGACGAGAGCCCUUCAGGAAGUGAGGGGAUGUAUCAAGAGACUCAAGGGCCAUUGUUUGAAUCUCCAACCAGUAUUCUUCGAUUUAUGACUUCCUUCCCACUAGCUGGUGAGGCACUACUAUCACCUCUCCCGGAUCAUCUACUUAACUUGAUUGUAAAGGAAAAAGUUCCAAAAGAAAAUAGUUCUGAUUCUGGAAAGGGUGAUGGAAUAUUGUUGGGAGUCAAGAAAACAAUGUCGGUGGGGAAAAAAGAUUUUCCUGCAGAAAGGAAGAAUAGCAAUAACAGGGACAUGAGGAAUGACAAUGAUGCUGUGUCAAAGAAGGAAGUAGAUAUCAAUGAUCUUGCUGAGGAGUUGGUGGAGCCAAGAUUUUCCCAAGAGAUUGGCGUGGAGAGUCCAAGGGAUGGUUCAGCUCGAAAGGUUUUGGAGGAACAAAAGACAAGUCCUUUGGGUGAUAUUUCAGGUUGUGUGAAAAAAAGUGGGUAUAAUAAAGCAGAAAAAACUUAUUAUUCUGUCAAAUCUGACUCUAAUACCCUCAAAGGUUGCAAAGCUGUAGAAAGUGAAGUGGUAGUAGAUCCUCCCAAUCAGAAGAUCAUCCAGAGAGUGACAUCGCAUGAGCAAGACAAUAUGAAGUUGCCUUCUGCAAAGGAGCAUGCCUUGUCUGGUGGAAAAAGAAAAUUGAAAGGUAGUCAGAGUAAUGGCGGUCUAGAUGCAGAGGGAGCAAAAGAAAGCUUGAGGGUGGAUUCGUCUUUGUUGCCGAAUAAUAAGCAGACUGUUCACAUGAGCAAUUAUACUAACAAAAAGGAAACAGGGAGCAAAAAAAUUGAGAGGUCAUUUCAAAAGGCUGAAGAUAUGUAUAGAGAUGUGAUUGGAGAUAUCCUAGAAUCAGAAUGGGAAGAGAACCAAACAAAUGCUUUGGAAAUUCUUUCUGAAGAUCGGCUGAAGAUAGCCAAUAAGAUUGAAAAAAGCACAUCAACCAUUAACAAUGGACUUGGUGAUAGACUAAGUGGUAAGGAAACUGAGGGUGUAUUUGCAACUGAAUUGUGCCCCAGAGCAACUAUGGAUGCACAUUCUAACUCUGCUAAUGUGCAUGUUUCUGGAGUUUCCCUUGCAACUGCUGCUCCUGUAUUGAUAAAAGAAAAUUGGGUUUGUUGUGAUAAAUGCCAAAAGUGGCGUCUUCUCCCAAUAAACAUAAACCCAUCUGACUUACCUGAGAAGUGGUUGUGCAGCAUGCUUAACUGGUUGCCUGCAAUGAAUCGCUGCAGUGUUGAGGAGGAAGUAACUACAAAAGCUGUUUUUGCAUUGUAUCAUGUUCCUGAAGUAGAGAGUCAAACUAAUCUGCAAAGUAAUCCUGUCAAUAUCAUGUCUAUAUCAGCCUCAUCAGAUGCCCUGAAAGCUGACCAACACCAACCAAGUCUUGGUUCAUAUUCUGUACCCCCUGUUGGAAGGAAGAAACAUGUUUUAAAGGAAAUAUCAAAUGCAGCUGAUAAAGAUGGGUCAAUUUCUAUGAAGAACAUGCAGUCAUCAGUCCAAUCUGGAAGCCUGACUGAUGUGACUCUAUCUCCUGUUGUUGGUGAUACCAAAACUUUAAAGAUGAAAGGCAAAAGGAUCACUGAUCAAGAUUCUUUAAGGGCCUCCAAGAAAACUAAGGAUGAAACUUUGCAUCUUGCUGACGAAGAUUGGAUGUUUGACCAUGCUGUCAAGGGUGGGCUUAGCACGUCAGUGGGAAAGGAUCAGCCUAAACAGAGUCAACAAUUUUCUUAUAAGGAUUCAAAGUCUGAUAAGGACGGGCAACAGGUCUCUGGCAAAAAACUAAAGGAUAAAGUUCAGGUUUCCUUAACUGAUGGUCCAUUGGAUCCGACGAAUUGUGAUGGUGUGGAAGUUUCAAGAAAGAGGAAAGAUGAUGAAUGCGAGAGUAAUCCCCUCCAGGUUCAUAGCAUUUUUGUGAAGGAAGAGUUCAGUGAGAACGAAAACAGGAGGGAAAAUAAGGCCAGGGUAUUCAAAUCUGGAGGGAAGGAUUCUUCUACUACUAAAAGCAGUGGGAAGCUAGAGAAAAAAAGUAAACAUAAACAGAAGCAUCUAAGUGGGCAAGAUCUUGCUAGUUCUCUUUCUCAACAGAGCUUAGAUGGUACAGAUUCAUUGAAAAGGGAUUCUGGAUCUGCCCAACCUUCUUUAGCAGCUACCUCAAGCUCAUCUAAGGUUUCUUGUUCACAUAAAUCAAAACCUGGCUUCCAUGAAACAAAAGGCUCAUCAGUAGAAUCAGUUUCCUCAUCUCCUAUGAGAAUUCCUAGUCUCGAUAAACCUCCAUUGACAAGGAAUGUUGCAGGGAAAGAUGAGCACUGUGAUACUGACCUGUUUGCUUCAGAUAGUCCAAGAAGAUCUUCAGAUGGUGAAGAUAAUGGUAGGAAUGACAAGUCAGGGACAGUAAGGAAGGAAAAUACUUCAGCUGCAGCUCGACAUGGGUCCCUUGAGCCCCUACUUGAUAGUCAGGAUAAGGAUGGUGAUCAAUUAGGUAGUAGUAAAGCUAAGGCAACAAUUAAACCUUCCCCUGAUACUGGAAAAAGGCAGUUCAUGAAUGACGCUGAUGAUUAUUUAGGCCAAGAGGCCCAAUUUUCUGGUAAAUCAAUGGCAAUAAAUGAACACCAGGAUGAUGAAAAUCUGAAGGAAAACCAUGGCACUGUCCAUGUCUCUCAUCCAAGAAAGUCAGACAAAGGGUCUUCACGGACAAGGGAUAAGAGUCAGGCAAAGGGUCUUCACGGUCAAUGGCCUGGACUGAAGUCUGAUGAAAUUGAGAAAAGAUUUGUUGAAAAUAAAGAACCUUUGGGAAAAUUGUCUGGCCAGAUUGGUAAAAGAGAGAAUCAAUCAAAUGGUCAGUCAGAUGCUAAACUGGUUGCCACUGGAGGUCAAGAUGAAGAAUAUACAAAGAGGUUUCACUCAAAAAACUCUAAUCAUGCAGAAAUUGCUUCUAAGAGAAGGAAGUCACUAUCACUACCACCCUCUGGAGGAACACAAAAUGAGAUGCCAACUCGUCCUCCCAAUGCCCUUUCUGGGUCCCAAAAGGGAAAUGGAGCUGGUGGAUCUCAAGCUCAUGAUGCACUCAAGGUACAGAAACAAAUAAAGAAGGCUGAUCGUCAAAGUGGGAGUCAGCAAAAUAAUUCAAGACAUACUACAGCAGGUGGACUUAUCAGGGAUGUUGGUGCCCCAAGUCUAAUGAGAAAGGAUUCCUCAAGUCAGGCAGCUACCAAUGCUUUGAAGGAGGCUAAAGAUUUAAAGCACCUGGCUGAUCGUAUGAAGAAUUCUGGAUCAAAUGCGGAGAGCACAGCACUUUACUUCCAGGCAGCACUGAAGUUUCUUCAUAGUGCUUCUCUUCUAGAAUCUUGCAACAAUGAGAAUACCAAACAUGGGGAAAUUUAUAGUAGCACUGCAAAACUCUGCGAGUUUUGUGCCCAUGAAUAUGUGAGAUUGAAGGAAAUGGCUGCUGCUUCUUUGGCCUACAAGUGUAUGGAAGUGGCUUAUAUGAGAGUUAUCUAUUCCUGUCAUGCCAAUGCAAGUAGAGAUCGGCAUGAGUUGCAAGCAGCUUUACAAAUGGUUCCUCCUGGUGAGUCUCCUGCUUCUGAUGUUGAUAAUUACCAACCAACAUCAGCAGACAAGGCUGCUUGUCCAAAAGGUGUUAACGCUUCCCAGAUUGCCGGAAGUCUUGUUAUUUCUGCUCAAAACCGUCCUAUCUUUGUUCGGUUGCUGAAUUUUGCACAGGAUGUAAUUCAUGCAAUGGAAGCUUCAAGGAAAUCACGAGCUACUCUUGCGGCUGCCAGUUCAAGGUUGGAAGGGGCUAAAAGCGGGGAGGCUAUGUCUUCAGUGAAGAAAGCUCUUGACUUUAGCUUCCAAGAUGUAGAGGGAGUGCUACAUUCGAUACGAGUGGCAAUGGAAGCUAUUAGCCAUUAAGGAAAAAAUCUGGUCGGUAAGGACGGUUGUGUACUGGGAGGAAAUUUCGUUUUGAUGGUUUAUCCUUGGCUAUGAAGAUCUAGAUCUGACAAAAAGGAGAGGUUGACCAGUUUUUCCUGUUUUGAUCUGAACACUUCCAAGCUUGCAAGUGCUUUUCUCACUGUACAUGUGUGCUAUACAAGACAAAUCUGGGAUUUUCAGUACAUUUUUUCACAAGCUUGAACUGCUUUCUGACAUGGAACAAGAUUUAAUUUCCUUCUCGAGAUGGUAUUUUAGAUACAGGACAAGAUUGCUCCAAGCUGUAUAAAUUAUACUAAAAAAGAAGUGUAGUUGAAGAAAUAAUUUUAUGUAUAUAGAGAGAUGACAAUUGUAGAUUGA